AUUCUCAAGACAUCUAAACGCUAACUCUCUCCAAGUCUCCCAAGUCCAACCUCACCCUGCAGCCGCCGCCACCCGCCACCCCACUUCGCCCGCUAGUACCAAGUAGUCUCAACGAUUCAUCUCCAAACCCUCGGAGAGAACGAAUCCAUCUCCUUGUGGUUCUCCUUCCAAUUUCUGCCGCCAUUGGGGGUAAAGACACGUUCAUAAAAACUGCAAACCACCCCCACCCCCUCCCUUCUCUAAAGAGCAUCGGAGGUCAAUGGAGCGGUCUCUGGUCCUCUCUUCUCAGCUGGGCGUUAGCCAUGGCCGUGCCCUUCUCUUAGACACCAGGCUUCAUCUCAAUCUUACCUCCUCCUCUUCUUCUUUUCUCAAGAUUAAGAGUCGACAACAUUUCGUGCCUUUGACUGUUCUAGAGACUUCAAGCACAAAUUGCCAAGCAUUUGAGGCGACGACUUACACGGAAGCCUCUGAGUUGGCUGAUAUAAAUUGGGACAAUCUUGGAUUUGGACUUGUGCCAACAGAUUAUAUGUAUAUUGCAAAAUGCUCUCAAAAUGGAGCAUUUUCCAAGGGUGAAUUGCAGCGUUUUGGACCCAUCGAGUUGAACCCAUCAUCUGGUGUUCUAAAUUAUGGGCAGGGAUUAUUUGAGGGUUUAAAAGCUUAUAGGAAAGAAGAUGGGUCAAUUUUACUCUUUCGACCAGAAGAAAAUGCUUUGCGAAUGAGGAUGGGUGCAGAAAGGAUGUGCAUGCCUUCACUUUCUGUUGAGCACUUUGUGGAUGCUGUUAUGGAAACUGUUUUAGCAAAUCGACGUUGGGUACCUCCUGCAGGUAAAGGUUCCUUAUACAUCAGACCAUUACUAAUGGGAAGUGGAGCUGUUCUUGGUCUUGCUCCUGCUCCUGAAUACACAUUUCUUAUUUUUGUUUCCCCUGUUGGGAAUUACUUCAAGGAGGGCCUGGCUCCAAUAAACUUGAUUGUUGAAAACGAUUUUCAUCGUGCAACCCCUGGAGGAACUGGUGGUGUAAAAACUAUCGGAAAUUAUGCAUCGGUUUUGAGGGCACAGUCAAUAGCAAAGGCAAAAGGCUAUUCUGAUGUUUUGUACCUUGAUUCUGUUAGCAAGAAAUACCUUGAGGAAGUUUCAUCAUGUAAUGUUUUUGUUGUUAAGGACAAAGUCAUAUCAACUCCGGCGAUAAAAGGAACUAUAUUGCCUGGAAUUACAAGGAAAAGUAUAAUUGAUGUUGCUCGGAGCCAGGGUUACCAGGUUGAAGAACGUCUCGUAUCAGUAGAAGAAUUGCUUGAUGCUGAUGAAGUUUUCUGUACGGGAACAGCUGUGGUUGUCUCACCUGUGGGAAGUAUAACAUACCUCGGGACAAGGGUGGAGUAUUGGAACAAAUGCGGAUUUGGCACGGAUAGCACGGCCCAACUCUAUUCUGCAUUAACAAAUCUGCAGAUGGGCCUUACAGAGGACAAGAUGUGUUGGACCAUGAAGUUGGGUUAGGGUUUUCUGUAGAAUAUUUUAUUAACAAAAACUUACUCAACUUUAAUGCUAGGGUUCUUUUAUCUAUGCUUUUUAUUUUUUUUCGUUCAACUCGAAAUUUGUGUAGUUGCAACUUUCAAUUCAUGUCCUUGACUACUCGUUUGUUAUGACUAACCUACAUCCAGCGUAACUUCUUUGCUCA